UUCUGUUUCAGUGAAAUAAUUCCAUUCUGUGUUGAACACCUGUCAACGUUCAAGAACGGAGGGUAGCCAAUCCUGUUUCUGUAUUUAACAUAGGGGCGGGCCACACUCAUAUAGGCUACCUAAAGCAAACCUUCUAUGUACACUGCUACUUCUGGUUUGGGGAGAUGGCGUCGUUGGCAGCAAUAGAGCCAGGGCUAAGCCCGGGGACAUUACCGAAAGAGGAAUCAGUAGUACCAGUUUCUAUAUUCGCACCGGACUGUGGGGAUGACCUUUCAGGGACAGAGUGCUUCGAAGACGGAGAGAAUGUUAACGGCGAGUCCGAGGAUCAUUUAGACUUUACUAGCAAGCUGACUCUGGUCAGCCCCACAGGAGAACAGUAUGACUCGUUACUACGGCAACUCCGAGAGAGGAUGGAUGAAGGAUGUGGGGAGACCAUUUAUGUGGUGGGAGUGGGCUCAGACGGAGGUGACUAUGGUCUGGACGAGGGGGACAUGGAGGCGUCAGUGGCCACGGUUCAAUCCCUGUGUGAGCAGAUAGAGGCAGACAUGAUCCUGCUGAGAGAACGUAGCGACGCAGGGGGGAAAGUACGAGACUACCUCAUCCGCCGACGGGUCGGAGAGGAGGACUUCCUGGAAGUGAGGGUGGCGGUGGUGGGUAACGUGGAUGCCGGUAAGAGCACCCUGCUGGGGGUGUUGACCCACGGGGAGCUGGACAACGGCAGGGGGUUCGCCAGGCAGAAGCUCUUUCGACACAAACACGAGAUGGAGAGCGGCAGGACCAGCAGUGUGGGGAACGACAUCCUGGGCUUUGACCAGGAGGGACAUGUGGUGAAUAAGCCAGAUAAUCACGGGGGAAGUCUGGACUGGACUAAGAUCUGUGAGAGGUCCUCUAAGGUCAUCACCUUCAUAGAUCUUGCCGGCCACGAGAAGUACCUGAAAACCACUGUGUUUGGAAUGACCGGACACCUACCAGACUUCUGUAUGCUCAUGGUGGGCAGUAAUGCAGGUAUUGUAGGGAUGACCAAGGAGCAUCUAGGUUUGGCUCUAGCCCUGAAUGUACCAGUCUUUGUAGUGGUCACCAAGAUAGACAUGUGUCCAGCCAACAUCCUAGCAGAGACACUGCAUCUGUUACAGAGGUUACUGAAGUCCCCAGGAUGUAGAAAGAUCCCCGUACUGGUUCAAAACAAAGAUGACGUUAUCGUCACUGCAUCCAACUUCAGCUCAGAGAGGAUGUGUCCAAUCUUCCAGGUCUCCAAUGUAACAGGAGAUAACAUGGAUCUUCUGAAGAUGUUCCUCAACCUACUGUCUUCUAAAACCUCCUAUAGAGAAGAUGAGCCUGCCGAGUUCCAGAUCGAUGACACCUACUCAGUACCGGGUGUGGGCACAGUAGUGUCCGGCACUACGUUACGUGGAUUGAUACGACUGAAUGACACGCUGCUGCUCGGCCCAGACCCCCUGGGCAGUUUCCUCUCCAUCGCUGUCAAAUCUAUCCACCGCAAGAGGAUGCCUGUCAAAGAGGUCCGGGGGGGACAGACCGCCUCCUUCGCGCUCAAAAAGAUCAAGCGUUCCUCCAUCAGGAAGGGGAUGGUGAUGAUCUCUCCCAGACUAACACCUCAGGCUACCUGGGAGUUCAUGGCUGAGAUACUGGUCCUGCACCACCCCACCACCAUAUCCCCACGAUACCAGGCUAUGGUGCACUGUGGCAGCAUCAGACAGACAGCCACCAUUCUGACCAUGAACAGAGACUGUCUCCGUACCGGGGACAAGGCCUCAGUCCACUUCAGAUUCAUUAAGACCCCCGAGUACCUCCACACAGACCAGAGACUGGUGUUCAGAGAGGGACGCACCAAGGCUGUGGGCACCAUCACCAAGCUGCUCCAGUCAGUCACCAAGGCCCAGCAGGCCAAGAUGCAGUCCACUAAGAAGGGCACCAUGUCAGCCAAUGAGGAGGCAGGAUCGGCACCGCGGCCUGACAGCCCCAGCGCAGGACAGCUACCGACAGUGGGGGAGGAGGAGACGCUAUGUAAAGACGGCAACAAAGAGAACCAGCCCAAGUCAGGAGGUGGAGGCAGGAGGAGAGGGGGUCAGAGACACCGAGGAAAAGCCCUGAACAGCACCGCAUCACCAACAUCACAACAACACACACCAGCUGUAGCAGGAGUGAGCACCACUGCCUAACCCCCCCCCCCCCCCCCCCCCCCCCACACACACACACACACACACCAUCUCCUCUCCUUCCUCUCUCGCUACUCUCGUCUACAUCCACUCUUCUAUAUCUCCUCCUCUACAUCUUGUUUUGUAAUCAUUCUUGUUCCAAUUAGGGGAGAAGGAAUGAAUGUAGCAAAGAAAAGGGGGACGAGAAGUGAAACAUGCGUUAAUCCUAAAUGACACAGUUUACCAUGUCCAUCCCAGUUAGAUCACCAUUACAGAGUAGUUCUAGAACAUCGUUAAAUGUCACUAUGGCUUCUAUGGCGACUAAUGACUGAACUGGCUCCUGGAAAAUAGCAGAAAGAAGCAGUUGACUCAAUCUAACAGACACGGUGUAGUAAUAAACAAACAAGGUUUUAUUACAGAUUCAUUAUGUAGACAGGAAACAAAUGGUGUUCAGGCACUGAGAUCUGUUGUCUUAAGGGGUCGUCAUCCCGUAAUAAUGACUGACUCCUGAUUCAAUCUAACAGGAAAUAAAUGGUGUCGUUCACAAGGUUUAGAUGAAAUCUAACAGACCGGACAUGGCAUAGGAGUCAUAAGGUUUAUAUUUGUUAUUCCAUUCGUCAUUUAUUUAGACAGGAGAGGAAUAGUGUACUCCAAGGUCUCCACUCAAUCUAAUAGAACAGGAUAGGUGUAGUUCAGACACGGGAUAGUCCUAACUAACCAACCCCAAGGACAAUGUUCACUAGGCUCAUACACUGCCAUCUGACUAUACAUAAAACAGUGGUUCUGAAACAUUUGGAUCAGGACUCACUGUAGGUCCAUGUUUUGUUCUAUUGUAAUAGGAAAAACAACUAAUUUGGGCCUUGGAAAACCUGGUAUACAAAACCUAUCAUUUAGAUGUGUGCCUUUUUAGAUAUCUGCCCAAAAAAAGCAUUGAGUGGAAACUAUGAAAGCUGUGUUUUUUAAAUAGUGGAUUUUGGUCUUGGAGAAAUGAAGUGAGCUACAUUGUUCAAAUGGGUGCAAAGUUCGUUCAAAGUUCUGUCCAUCUUUUGCAGUCAGAAAUGUUGACGCGUGCUGAAAAACACAGACCGCAUAUCUGUUCUAUAAUUAAUUUCAAUAGAUUUGGGAAUCGUUGCUCCGCUACCCUUGUAGCGUGUUCUGUGUUGGAUUAUUUAUUUGGCUUUCAUAGAUGAAAGGGUUUGGAAAAUCCAAGAAGGCUAAUACGGCUUAAAAGUAUUUCAGGAGGAUUUAGAAGUUUUCCAUGUUAUCCUCCAUACCCUCUCAAGGACAUUGUUUGAGCCCCAAAACGCAGGCGGAAUAGUAGCUUUAAGAUUUGUUGUUUUAUUCAGUUUCUAGUCAUGCACACCUUCUAUAAGAUUUGUUGGCGGAACUAGGGUUUUUGGGAUUGAAGAUUUUAGGUUAAUCCAUUUCCAUACUUGAUAUGAUUCAAAUUUAUUUUUUCUAAGCUUUGAUAUGGUUUUUUCAGGUGGUGUGAGCAUUUUUAUUUUGGGUUUGGAUUGGGACAGGUUUCAGUGGUGGAAGGCUUGGAUUGGUUGUUACCACCAGGCAGAAGUUACACUUUAGUACAAAUCUAGGAUCAGUUUAUCCAAUGUCGUGGUAAUUUCCUCUAUUACUAAAUGAUGAGAGUUACAAACCACACACCAGUCAGAGUUAUACUUAAAUGUCAUAUUUUAAUAAUAUGAGCUUCACCAUAGCCCUGUGACUCUCAGAUCAAUUCAGUGUCUAUAAAUGAAUUCUCUGAGUGUCAACAUAAUGGCAACAGAUCUUUUAUAGCAAAGAUCCACCCCCCCCUAGUCGACAUGAUAAACCACAGAUCAUAAGAACUCCACAAAGGGCCUUUUACUUACAAAAAGGAGUAUCCCAUAGCCAGAUAGCAUUAGCUAUAAAUUAUCAGUUUGGUCUCUUAGACAAGGUUCUACUUCUCGUUCUUGGUACUUCCUAGUACCAAAACAUUACCUCAUCCAAUGGCAUAUAUCUAUUGUCAAUUAUAGAUACUCCCAUCUCAAAUACACCCCCCUCCUGGACAAGCUCACGGAGGAGAGUGAGCCUCUAGGUCAUAUACUAGGUCAAGAGAAGGGCAACAUCAGAGGGGUAAUACAAUGGUUCCAGACACUGCUGUACUCCUCCCCCCAAUGGGAAAAGGAGGGAGUGACUGGAGAUGGUGGAGCCCUUCACAUGGUUUAGGAAUAGUUAGACACAUUCAAAAAUGAAGACAAUCCUGACCUCUCCCCUCUCUGGGCCCCAAGUGACUAUCUCACAUAAGCAUAUUCUGAAAGUAAAUUAAAACAUAUUCAUCAAUGUUACCUAACUAAUUCUGAUUCAGCUACGACACCAAUCACAGAUGUUAUCCUUUAGUAUUAGAGAGGGAAACAACUGACCUUAGAUCCGGUCUAAAGGUAACCUCAUUUUAUUUCUUAUUCUCUGCUUUUAUGAUGGAUGUUGAUCUCAAUACAUUCAACAACCAUUUUAUUUUUUUUAGCUAAUAUUAGUGUAUACAUUUUAUUUUUGAGUGGACCGAGUGACACAUUUUUGUGUCUGCAUCUUAUGUACAAAAAUGAAAGUUGUGCCGAAAGAAAAAGAAAGCCCUUUAACUUAACACAGUGGUGCCAGUUUGUUGUAAAUCCUUUUAAAUAAAGAUGUUUCAGA